AUGGAUGAAAUAGAAAUUAUCUUUCCUCAAGAAGUUGAUACACUAACGUCCGAAAACGAAACAAAUAUUCUGUUACUUGGUGAGACAGGCGUCGGAAAGUCGACUUUUAUCAACGCUUUUGUAAACUAUCUUAAAUUUGAGACAUUAUACGAUGCAAAGGACGGGGAAUUGGAGGUGUUGAUAACAUCAAAAUUCACUGUAACGGAUGAAAACUACGAAAUGAAAUCAAUCAAGAUUGGGGAUAAUGACCCAAAUGAACUAACAGACGGCGAGGGAACGUCAUCCACACAAGGGUGUACUGACUAUGAAUUCAUGAUGGGAAACGCAUUAGUCCGCUUAAUCGAUACGCCUGGAAUAGGAGAUACUAGAGGACUAGACAAAGAUAAAGAAAAUUUUGAAAACAUUUUGAAGUAUAUUGCCCGUUACAAGCAUCUGAAUGGCAUCUGUAUUCUUCUCAAGCCAAAUAGUGCGCGACUAACUGUCGUGUUUAGGUUUUGCAUACAAGAGCUGUUAUCACAUCUUCAUAGAAAUGCCAAGGACAACAUUGUCUUUUGCUUUACCAAUUCUAGAACGACGUUCUAUCGUCCGGGAGAGACGCUUGUACCACUCAGGAAACAACUCGACGAGCUUAAGGGAAGAUCUGGCAUCGAAAUAAAAACCGACCGAGACACAAUGUAUUGUUUUGACAAUGAAGCGUUUAGAUUCCUAGCAGCUAUUAGAGGGGGUAUAAAGUUCAAUGAUGAUGAUGAAAGAAGCUUCGCAGAGAGCUGGAGAAUAUCAGCUGAAGAAUCAUUAAGACUCGUUCAGCACUUAAAGUCACGUGAACGGCACGAUGUACAAGAUACUCUAUCUCUCAACAAUGCUAGAAAUAUGGUAGUCGAACUUUCAAAACCUCUUGCGGGAAUCGAACAACUUAUCCAGAUAAACCUUAGCCUAAUCAAAGGUCAACAGGAUGAUAUAAAAAACUGCAGCAAAAACAUAGAAGAUCUGAAAAAAGUCUUGUACAUUCCACAAAUGGAUUACGAGGCCGAGAACUUGGGAUAUCCGCAAACUGUGUGUACCAGCCAAAGUUGUGUCGAUGUCUUGACUACCGGAGAAAACAAAGUGAAAAAGUGUCAUUACAAGACACAGUGUCAUCCACACUGUUAUUUAACCAAUGUCGCAUGCAAUGUGGUGAACCAUGAAGCCUUGAGACGCUGCACAGCCAUGAAACCAAAUGGAAUCUGUAAAAAUUGUGGCUGUCUCUGGAACGCCCAUAUGCACAUUACCUAUGAUCUUAAAGUUGUAGAAAAAAGGGUCGUGGACCCAAACAUUGAGAAGCAGAUUAGUAAGACCAAGUCGUUUCAAGAAACAAGGGCAGCGCUGAUAGCGGACAAACGAAAGAGGACGGAACAACUAAGAAAAGAACAGCAGACGAUAAACAGUAUCAACAUUCAAUUUGCAAAAUUCCUAAGACAAAGUGCAAUAGCUCCAUUCAAUGAUGCGUAUGCCGACUACUUGGAUCAUUUUAUAAACCAAGAGAAAAUCAAGAAGGACGAUGAUCCCUUAAAUUACAAUAAUGAAAUUCUCGAAGGGCUCGAAAAGACAAAGAGAGUGUACCUAACGAAGAUAGAGAGUAUUAAAAAGGCAUUAAAGAAUGGUGAUUCUUCUGAACAACCGAUCUCACCAGAAGACAUAGAAAGGCUCGCACAACAAUUGUAUUCUCUAAAACUCACUGGUGAAACCUUGAAAAAAAUAAAAGACAUAGUAGUAAGCAGUCAAGCUUCUGCGUUCUUACAUGAAAGAAAUAAGAAUUUUAUGAGGAGGAAAAGAAUGUCCUUUGAAAAGCGUGCACGAGGUAAUCGCUAUCCCCAAAAACUUUACUAUGCUUGGUCUUCAUUGUGGAAGUGA